GGUUUAGUCGUUCAGCAGUCUCCGUGCAGUGAGCAUGUUUGUGCGCCAGACAUCGUCGUUGGUCGGUUGUCGUCAUCGCUACUAUAUAGCCGUCGUAUCGCGAACAUCGACCGUCUUAGCUCGAUAGCCGUCGGAUUUGCCUUUUCGGAUGCGAGAGACUCUUAAAUCCCUCACCAUAGAUCCAAAUCCCUGCGAACAAAACGCGUGUGCGCACACGGAUCACACAGCCGUGAUAAUCCCGCUAAAUUCGCCGAAAACCCAGUGCUCUGUGUCCCGGUCUCAUAUUGAGUAAUUCAAGCAAACUUCACGGAAUAAGUAAACCAGUACAAGUGCCUUACACAAAUAUCCCUGCUCAAUGCCGGAAACUUCUUGAGUACGGCCCAAAACGAAAAGGCGCCCGCUCUCAAGAUUCCCAGCCCACAAAUAUCUCGAGUGUGCUUCGCCGAGUGUCCUGUCAGCCAAAUAUAUGGUAAUGGCAGAGAUUGGUGGCCAUUUGGCUCACCAGCUACCGUUGCACAAUCACAACCACAAUCAAACUGGAUUACAGCCAUCGCUGGUGAUGAACCAUCACCUGGAUUUGGAUUGCCAUGGACACGAUGUGAUAAAAAAACAACGCCUAUCUCACUGCGUCGGAUGUGGCGGCCAGAUCCACGAUCAGUACAUCUUGCGCGUUGCCCCCGAUCUGGAGUGGCAUGCGGCGUGUCUGAAGUGCCAGGAGUGCAGGCAGUUCCUGGACGAAAGCUGUACGUGUUUUGUGCGCGAUGGCAAGACCUACUGCAAGCGUGAUUAUGUUAGGUUAUUUGGUACAAAAUGUGAUAAAUGCGGCAACUCCUUCAGCAAAAAUGAUUUUGUGAUGCGGGCCAAAACGAAAAUCUUUCACAUCGAGUGCUUUCGAUGCUCCGCGUGUGCGCGACAAUUGCUGCCAGGCGAUGAAUUCGCGUUACGCGAUGCCGGGGCUUUGUACUGCAAGGAGGAUCACGAUGUGCUGGAGAAAUCGUCGCAGAGCAGCCUCACUUCUUCGUCGGUGGAGAGCAACAACAAUAUUAGCAGUAGUAACAACAACAACACCAACCUUAGCAAUAACAACCAUUCCAGCGAAUUGGGUUCAAUGUCAGAUUCUGGCAGCGAAUCGGGCUCACACAAAAGUAUUAGGGACAAGCGACCCUCGGGGCCAUCGGAUGGCAAGCCCACGCGGGUUCGGACCGUGCUCAAUGAGAAACAGCUGCAUACGCUCAGAACCUGCUACAAUGCUAAUCCGCGACCUGAUGCGCUCAUGAAGGAGCAGCUGGUGGAGAUGACGAGCCUGUCGCCGCGAGUCAUCCGAGUAUGGUUCCAGAACAAGCGCUGCAAGGACAAGAAGAAGACCAUUCAGAUGAAGCUGCAAAUGCAGCAGGAGAAGGAGGGUCGCAAGCUGGGCUACGGCGCCAUGCAGGGCAUCCCCAUGAUCGCCAGUUCCCCGGUGCGGCAUGACUCCCCACUGAAUCUUCAGGGCCUGGAUGUGCAGACAUAUCAACCGCCAUGGAAAGCCUUAAGCGACUUCGCCCUUCACGCCGAUCUCGACAGCAAUGGAGCGAUCAAUACCCACACGCCCGCAUUUCAGCAGUUGGUCAAUCAGAUGCACGGCUACGACCUGAACGGGAUGCCCAUUCUGCCGCCGCAUCCGCACUCGCAUCCGGCGCAAGGACCUCCCCACCAGCACCCCCCGCCCCCCGGCGGACCGCACAACCAUCAGAACCAGCAGCCGAACCAGCAGCCCGGAGGCAGCAGUUUGGACUCCGGGAUCACCUCGCACCACCAUCCGGACAGCACCGACUCCUACGUCACCUACCUGGAGAGCGAUGACAGUAUGCAGGGCAGUCCGUAGACAAUCGAACCGAAUCUAAUCCAGCUUCUUUUGUUGCUCCCAGAAUCCAAGCUGGCGCUGACCCCGUCGUCCUCUUCCUCGGCCUCGGCGGGCACAUCGAUCUCCUCGCCGCCAUCGGGCGUCGGAGCAGGGGGUGGCGGUGCCGUGGGCGGUGGUUCAGGUGUCCUGGGCUUGGGCGUGGUGGCCAAUCAGUCGGCCACCGAGCAGCUCAUGCAAAUGCUCCAGAAGGUAACGGGCUCGGCUUCCCCGGCCUCACAUGCGGUUCUCUAAAAACAAAGGGCGCGCAGAGGGCGUGGCAGGAAGCUCGAACGUGAGGAGCUGCAGUCGAUCUUCAUAAACUCGAAAAGUUGUCUUGCAAAAUAUUGACACCCGUGCUGAAAUUCUGGUGUACAAUUGAAUACUUCUUUAAAUACCCAAAUCAUUUGUACUUUAUUCAAUAAUUUUAUCAAAAAGUGUUCCCAUUUUACUUCAAAACGAUUCGAAGUUUCAUCAAUAGUUUUAUCCAGUAAGUGGAGUUCGACUGUAUUCGGGGUUGUGCAAUUCUUUCUGUCCGCAUUUUCAUAUUCUACUCAUGUGUAUUCUGUACAUUUAAUUUUAUUCUGUUUGAUUCGGUGCCAAAAAAUAGUCUGUAGGCCGUUGGCAUUUUGUGGAUAAUCUGGCUCUGGUUCGUUAUGUAACAUACACUUUUGUUGUUGAGUUCGAAGAAAAAAAGAUCAUGAAAAAAUUAAUGUAAGCUAAACAAAAAUGCUCACACACUUGAAAAGUUAUUACAAUAAUUUCAGACACGAAAACAAAAAUUAUGAUAACAAAAGGAAAACAGUUACUUCGCAUCAAGUAGGGAAUUUCAUUAAACAUAAAUUUGUAAAUACCUUUUAUAUAUUAAUAAUAAACAAAUAUAUUUUCAUUCAAAAUGCAAAAGAACCGAUCGAAAGAAAGCAUUCAAAAACGAAAAGAGAAUCUGACUCGUGUGUAUUAUAUGGUAUUUGGGAUGUCAAAUCCGAGGCGUAGCUAUAAACUAUAAAGGCGCACUUGGCAAACUUGUAAAUCGAAUUAGCAACAACAAAAGCAUCUACGUUAAGUUCAUAAAUUGUAUGGCAAAAGAAACACAAAAUUAUUAUAAAUAAAUAAAUGCAGAAAAGCGGACGGGAAUUUUAUGUAAGCGAGAAACAAAAACUGUAACUAAAUCUAGACUUAUUUGUUAGUUUUUAAACAUUUCCGAAAUGCAUUAGAAGACGAGGGAGACAACAAAUCCGGCAGCGGAAAGGCAGAAAGAAAUGACGAAGUGUACCAAGGAUGUUUAUGAACUGUUUCGUAAAACAACUAAUGUAUUUUCAAUAAUAUUUAACUAAUAUUAAUAAUAAACAGUGCAUAAGUAAUUUUAGUAACUAUAGAAAAUGUUUAAAUGAAAUUACAAACGAAAAUAAAACCACAAAAAAACAAGACGAAAAAU